GUAAGCUAUGGAUGGGCUUGAGUAGGCAUCAGGCAAUUGCUGAGUCAGUCAGAGUUUCACCUCCAAAGUCUAGUGAUGAUGAAGCAGGAGGAUAGGAUGGUGGUGACACAGCAAACAGGACAGCUGCACAGACUGGCACCAAGUCUGUGUGUGUCCAUGUCUCUGAAUCAAUGUGAUUCUGAUUAGUUCAUAGGAUAUCAGUGAAUUUAUGAUUGUGGAAUACUGGUGUGUUUAUGGUCAUAAUGAAUUGAAUUAUUAAUGUGUUUUCCAUCAUGCAUAACCAGCUUCAAAUGUGUGCUUUUUUGUAUAGUUCAUAUCCCCCACUGUGUGAAUUUAUACUCUUUUAAUAUAUAUAAUUCAAUCUCCUCUCUGAUCUACUCUUCAGAUGUGUGUGUGUUGUGCAUAUGUGUGGGUGCACACUGCAUGACCACUACACUAAAAAAAGUGAUUACCUACUCUAUUAAAUCUACCCGCAGCUCAUCACAUAGAAUAUGAAUCACUGUGGAUCCUUUGAACGUGAACUAAACUGGUGUUAGGACCCAGGGAGUGCCUGACCGUGGACCUGCCUACCCCCUACAAUAAAUAUAGCUUGCUAUUAGGACAGAGUCAGAUGGCCAGAGCUGACCGACAUGACAACCCCCACAUGCCAUAGCCUGAAGGAGAGACAGUUUCCCUAUGAAGAGUGUGUGUUGCAGUGAGAGAGCAAGUGCGUAGAUGGUUUUAGUGAGUGUAUGUAUGUUUGUGGAAUUGAUGAAUGUCACUGGAAGUGUGAUUGGAUGUGUUUAUAUUGUCAUUGGGGGGGUGCACGAGAAAAGUGUGAAUCUACUUGUGUGCAGUGUGUAGGCUACUGUUAUUUAUUUGUGUGUGUAGUGUGAGAAAGAUACAAGUCAAAAGUGUUGUACACAAGUGCAUGUAUGUAUGUGAAAUAGGAGAAAGGAAAGUUGACCUUGGUGUGAGUGAGUGUGUGAGCGCAGCGCAGGCUUAGUUAGCAAAGGUCGACGUGUCACCAGGGUCAAAGGUCAUCCGUCGAAGAUGCUCCAGCCGCAGCUCCAGCUGUGCAAGGUCACCAACGCGCUGUUCAUCAGCAACGCACGAUCGGCCUGCACUGACGACCUCAUCCAGCAGGAGGCAGUGACGCUGUGCAUCAACGUGUCCAAGCAGCAGCCCUUCCCCGAGUCGUCACGCAUCGCUGCGCUGCGUGUGCCCGUCUAUGACGACCCCACUGAGGACCUGUACCGCUACUUCGAUAGCUGUGCAGACGCUAUCCGGGACGAGGCAUCCAAGGGAGGCCACACCGUCGUCUAUUGCAAGAACGGCCGCAGCCGCUCGGCCACCAUCUGCGUGGCGUACCUCAUGAAGUACCGCAAGCUCUCAUUGGCUGAAGCGUUUACGAAAGUGAGGACUUCACGCUCAGUGGUGGACCCCAACUCGGGAUUCUGGGCCCAGCUGGAAAGAUAUGAGCAAGAGCUGAAAAAGAGGCAGGGGGAGGUGGACAACGCCCCAACCUAAUGUUGUGCCAAAUUCCUCACCCUCUAGGACCCUGCAGCUCUCCACCGUAAACCACUGUCCUGAAACUCUUUGGGCCAGUUUCCCGGACACAGAUUAAGCCUAAUCCUAGAUUAAAAACCAUGGUCAAUGGAACAUCUCCAUUUUAAAUUCAGGACUAGGUUUAAUGAUACAUGAGUUUUACAUAGCAUUUCUAAAGGACAUCUAUGUCUGGGAAACUAGCAUUGUAUCUAAAGACCAGCCUCCGGUCUAGAGGAGCCCCCACCUCUGGAGAUGGUAGAAGUUUCCCCUAUAAUCGCUGGGCCAGGGUCCGAUAUUUUCCAUCCUCCUAAUGGUUAAGGUUAUGAUUUUGGGUUGGGUAAUCUGAUCCUAGAUCUGUGGUAGGCUAGGGGCUACUUCUACAUCGAGCUCCACCCUGUUGGACCCUGGCCCCCUCUACCCCUUAGAGAAACAAAGAGAAGUGUUACUUUUUACCCUCAAAAUUAUGCUCCAUUUGUUCAUUACAAAGCCAAUGCAUUACAAAGCCACAUGCUUUGUAAUGCAUUCUAGAUACAUUACAAGUAUGAAUUUAUAUAACUUCUUAUAAGAAGCCAUAUGGAGUCCUUUUAUCAAAAAUAUGUCUAUGUAUAUGUAUUAUUAAUACAUGUGUAGCCUUUAGGCAUUUAAAAAGCCUGCUGAAAGGAGCAAUGCACUGAUAUGAAUGCUUGUAGCAAGUCAUAUAAUGGAAAAAAGGUAUUAUAAUGCACAAGUGGGUGAUAAUAGACAAUGUAAGGGCCAUCAUAAUGCAUUAUGUACAGUUGGUUCAUAAAUCAACCCAAUCUUUUAAAUGAGAUGUCACAAUAAUGUAUAUUUCCAUGGGGUUGCAUAGAGAGUGUUACUCUGGCUCUAUAGUCAUUGACAGCACUUAUGUACCCUUGUACAAACAAUGAAGAGGCUGUUGCAGUGCCACCUUUAACCUCUAGAGGGAAGUAUUACAAUGGAAUAGAGUCAAAAACAUGACAAACCAGAUGGGAUGCUUUGUGGAGAUGUACUACCACAGACUUUUUGCGUUGAAAUCUCUACAGCUCAGAAACGUUUCUCCUCUGCACAUGAAAUAUUUAUCUGAGCAAUACUGAAUCUUAACUCUGCAGGGAUUUAACGAGUCUUAGCCAUUAAACGUUCGUUAUAGCAGCUAAUGUAGAGCAGGUGCAAUGAAUGACCUGUGCUCAGGUAAUACAACACGUUACAAUAGAGGGCUGCUAUUGACUAGAUAAAGCAGCAAAUCAAAUCAAAUUUUAUUGGUCGCGUACACAUAUUUGGCAGAUGUUAUCGCGGGUGUAGCGAAAUGCAUAUGUUCCUAUCUCCAACACUGCAGUAAUACCUAACAAUACAAAACAAUACAUGCAAAUCCCCAAAAUAAAAAGAAAGCAAUAUAGAAAUAUUAGAACAAGCAAUGUCAGAGUCCUGAAUAUAAAUAUAUAUAUGUAUAUUAUGGUGUGUAUAGACAUUAUGGACAGUAUAUGAAUAGAACAUGUGUGUACAGCAGUAGUUACUGUAUAUAUAUUCUGGACACUGACAUUGCUUGUUCUGAUAUUUCUUAAUUUCUUUCAUUACAUUUUUUUCAUUUGUGUGUAUGGUUUUGCAUUGUUCGGUGUACUGCACUGUUGGAGCUAGAAACGUAAGCAUUCUGCUGCACCUGCGAUAAAAUUGACAAAGUAUGUGUACGUGACCAAUAAAGUUUGAUUUGCUUUGGCUGUUGGGGUUCUUAUAUGGCGCUUAUAUGGGUGCCCACUUGCCCCCUGAUUUGUUAUUGGGAGUGCAUCCCAGCACCCAUUUUAUGUAAAUCUGUCUGCAACCAUGAUCAGAUGUUCCCCUUCUAUGGUUAUGAUGCAAGUGGUAGCAAAGCGGUUAGAGCAUAGAGCCAGUAACUGAAAGGUCACUGGUUUAAAUCCCCAAGCCAACUAUGUGAAAAAUCUGUCGACGUACCCUUAAGGAAGGCACUUUGCACUAAUUGCUUCUGAAUAAGACUGUCUGCUGAACGUAUACAUGGGGGACAUCUUGGUUGCUUUCAGACAUUUUCAACACUCUGUUCCCUUUGUCAGUUUUUGUUUAAUGUUGUUCAUUGCUAUAGGUUCAUCUAUGACCUGUCUUUGGUGUUACAUGAUUUAUGUUUAGAUGCAUUAUGUGCCAUGCGCUGCUUGUGUCGCCUAAAAUAUUUGAGACUUUACUGAAGCUAUGUGUCUGACAUGUUUAAGCCAUAAAAAAAA